AUGGCUCACAGUAGACUAAGUGAUGCAGAAUAUACAAACUGGGUUACUGUUGGUCGAGCAAUCCAGAUUACCCGGAACGGCUUAGAAACCAUAAUUCAAAAUGCUGCUGACAAGUACCACACUUCACUGCUUGCAACCUUGUCAAAUAAUGUACCUACGUGGAAAUCUCACUUGGAGAAUGCCCAUCGAUCACGUGAUAAAAGAAAAAUAUCCUGGAGAAACAGUGACAACACUCAAUGGCUGACCGUUGGUGCGUCAUGGGAGAUUGCUAAAAUUUUCAUGGCUCCCUUGGGACCGAGAAAGGUUGAUGUAGUCAACGCCAAAACUACUGAUAUAUCGGGACUGCUAAAUGUGUUAGAAUGGUCUCCGAGAGGGACAAAUGGUAUGCUCAACACAGGUGUCGAUCUUUCGAAAAUAGCAGCGGCAAGAUGUGCUAGGAAUCUUUGGGCGCAUGCACCGUUGUUGCAUGUAAGUGAUGCUGACAAAGUCGACGCGUUUGCAUCUCUAACCUCGCUUCUUCAAGACCCAGAACUGCACCAUGACAAAGAUGUCCAAGACGCUAUGAAAGAGCUUAGUAGUUUAUCCCACACUGGUCUAGCGGUUAUUGAAGAAAAAGAAUUGGAAGUAAUCGCUCAGUUACAGCGUGAACUUGGUCAGGAUAUCAACAUUUUGAAAAGUGAUAUGACUUUUUGGAAGAAUCAAGUGGAGGUGACCUUGGAGCAGAUUGAAGUUCUAAGGAAAAGCUUGGGUGAAUUUGUAACAAAGAACGAACUACACGACGCUCUGGAAAUUGUCAAGAAAGAAAUCAAAGACUGGAAAGUGUCUACGAACAGCCGGCUGGAAAAGCUAGAAAAGGCUAAGUCAGAGCCACAGCAAAGGAUUUGUGACGGAAGGUCAGAGCUAAAGUUCAAUCCAGUCUCUGAUCGGAUGAAGGAAGAAUUUGUCGGUCGAGAGUGGUUGUUCUGUAAAGUUGAAAAAUGGUUUGAAAAAGACAUCGGGCCUCGGGAGUCUCGUGCCUUCCUUAUCUGGGGUGGUGCUGGAACAGGCAAAAGUUCGUUCGCACAAGAGUUUGUCCGUCGGCACGAGGAAGAAAAAUUGGCUGGAUACCAUUACUGUCAAAAAGAUAAUCCUCGCACCUGCAAUUUGAAAUCGUUAGUCCAUAGUCUCAGUACUAUGCUCUCGAAGAGUCUUCCCGAAUAUGCUGCCUUGAUUGAUAAACUUCGGACUGAUCAAUUUCCAAAUGAUCCUAACGCACU